UAGUCAAGUUGUUGUUUCCCACGAAAAUAAUAUCCAUCCUGUUCUCUCUGAUCCAUCAUAUCACUCACUUAUCACAUCCUAUCGACAGUUCACUUCCAAAACCAUGGCGAAGAGCUUGAGCUUGCAAUCCACCCAGAAGCUUCUCUCGGGAUAUGAAAUCCCUGUGCUCGGAUAUGGUGUGUAUAAAAUACCGACUGCAAUCGCUGAAGAAGUGACAGCCACAGCUCUUAGACUUGGAUACCGACAUAUAGACUCCGCAGCUGCAUACCACAACGAGAAAGAGUGCGCAUCUGCUAUCCGGGAGGCGGGGUUGAAGCGUUCCGACGUCUUCUUGACCACCAAAGUACCUCCACGUGCAACUGGAUACGAUGCUACUAAACAGUCUAUCGCAGAUAGCUUAAAGCAAGCUCAAACGGACUAUUUUGAUUUAAUCCUUCUUCACGCGCCAUUUGGAGGUAAAGAGGGACGUCUCGGUUCAUGGCGCGCUUUAGUGGAAGCGCAGAAGGCAGGCAAGACUCGCUCGAUCGGGGUUUCCAACUUUGGCAUUCAUCAUUUACAAGAGUUGGAAGAGUACAUCAAAAGCGGCGGUGGGGGUCAGAUCGAUGUUGGCCAAUAUGAGAUCCAUCCGUGGCUUGCACGAGCAGAGUUGGUGGAGUGGCUGAAGAAACGCGGGGCAGUUGUCCAGGCUUACUCUCCGAUUGUGCGGGGGACUCGCUCAGAUGAGCCUGUUUUGCAAACCUUAGCCAAGAAUUAUAACAAGACACCUGCCCAGAUCUUGAUUCGGUGGAGUUUGCAAAAGGGGCUUGUUCCGCUGCCCAAGUCAUCUACUCCAGAGCGAAUUCGGGAGAAUGCAGAUGUUUUUGACUUUGAGUUGAAUGAGGAUGAUAUGAAGAUGCUGCACACUGAUGACUACCAACCUUGUGCGUGGGAUCCUACGGUUAACCAGGACUAGGAGCCUUACGCAGAGAAGAGCAGAGACAUCGAAGUAAUUCCGGAUCAGAUAAAAGUCUGUUCCUGAUUUUUUUCUUACCCCCGGUUAUUAAUAUUCAUAUAACCCUCUGUCAAGACAUAGAUGAGAUGUUCGAUGAUGUAUCAGUCUCAUAAAAUAUUUGUAGCAAAAGUGCAAUUAUAUAUGCUAGCAUUAGGU